UGGCUGUGACCACGAAUUAUCUUACCAAUGAAAGACGCUAUUCCAAAUCCUUAACCGCAGGUAGGUCAUGCAAUCCAACUACGGUUAUCUUAAACCCAACCACGGUUAAAGAAGCAGUUUAUAUGGCAGAUAUCAGUCUAGGCUUUGUAAAUGUCCGAAGAUGAUGAUCGGCGAAGUCCCCACUAGACCAAAUCCCACCAUACAAGUUCCGGCUUGGGACCCAUAUGAAGAUCCGGCGGCUAUCCUGUCCCCUUCCUACCACUGUAUCAGCCCUUCUGUUAACUUCAACGGCAAUGCUGCUGGUCUCGAUUCUUUGAUGGCUUUCCACCGCUACCUGCCGUCAAACGAGUUCAUUUCAACGAAGGAGUCCGACUCACUGAGUGAUGACUUGGACUUGCCGGUCGAUGCAUAUUCUUGCGAUUUCUUUCGCAUAUAUGAAUUCAAAGUACGGAGGUGCGCACGUGGCAGGUCACAUGACUGGACCGAGUGCCCUUACGCUCAUCCGGGAGAGAAGGCUCGGAGACGUGACCCGAGAAAGUACCACUAUUCGGGUACAGCCUGCCCCGACUAUCGCAAGGGCGGGUGCCAAAAAGGCGACUCUUGCGAGUUCUCACACGGUGUCUUCGAGUGCUGGCUUCACCCAGCUAGGUAUCGGACUCAACCAUGCAAGGACGGCCCCGCUUGUCGCCGCCGGGUUUGCUUCUUUGCUCAUACACCUGAACAGCUACGCGUUUUUGCACAGCAGAGCCCCAAGGGAAAUGCAAAUGUGUCAAGUGAUUCUGAUUAUGCGUCUCCUAUACGGCGUCGGUUUGAUUUUGACUCAUACGGUGGCGGGUCGUUUGUUUCCUCACCGACUUCUAGUUUAACCUCUCCUCCUGUGUCUCCACUAUCUGACUCGCCUCCAACCUCCCCGAGUUGUGAUAUUAACUCAACGAAUGAAAUCGUGGCUUCCAUGCGAGGCUUGCAGAUUGGGAAGGUGAAAAUGGGUAAAGCUUCUGCGUGGGGUUUACAGACGGGUGCUGGGUACUUGUCGCCCCGCGGUUCGAUGCUGAAACCCGGUUAUUUUAGCCUUCCUUCAACUCCGACCCAGACCCGGGUUCGUUCCGGACCUAAUCAAUUCGAUAUCUGGGAAGAAGAACCAACAAUGGAGAGGGUCGAGUCUGGAAGAGACUUACGGGCCAAAAUCUAUGCUAAACUGAGCAAGGACAAUUCUCUUGACCGAGUUGACUCGGCCUCGCCAGGUCCUGAUGUUGGGUGGAUUUCGGAACUGGUGAAGUGAAUCUGUGUAGAUUCAUUUCUAUUUUGAUGAUUUUUUUGUUGGCUAAUUUCGGAAAUCAUGAUAAUCGGCGGCCUUUGAUUCUUCUAACACUAUGAAUAUGCAGUUGAAUUCGGAUAAUUGCUGUGUAAAUAUCCUUUCAGCAAGAGAGAUGUUAAUUUCUCCGUUUUGUUGUGCUUUCAUUUUUGUUCAAACAAGAAAAAUUGCAACUUUUGUAUAUAGAAGGAUUUAUCAGGCUGCCGAAGAAACGGGUGGCGGUUUGUUUUAUUGUUUUGGUCUACGCCUUGUAUUUUCUUGGGAAAUAUAAUUUCCAUUAAUGUGAAUAUAAUUUCCAUUUGUGCAAA